AAAUUUAGUACCACCUUUAUCAUACGUUCUGGGGUUUUCUCUUAGUACUACAGAAGAAGAAAAAAGCUUCAAUCUUCCAUGGAACAUGACAUAGUUAUCUUCUUCUUCUUUGCUUGUGUCCUAGCGUUUGUUCCAUUUCAAGCCUUAGCUCAGGUAGACACCUAUGAGUUUGAUCCAGAUUUCAACUGUUUAGAACGAGGCAACUUCACGGCCAACAGCACAUUCUCCGGGAAUCUCAACCGUCUUGUGACCUCUCUCUCCUCACUAAAAUCCAAACCUUAUGGCUUCUACAACCUCUCUUCUGGAGGCUCAUCUGGAGAAAGCGCUUAUGCACUCGGUCUGUGUAGAAGAGAAGUCAAAAGAGAUGAUUGUCUCAGCUGUAUUCAGACAGCUGCAAGAAACCUCACCGAGCAGUGUCCAAGGGCAAAACAAGCCGUCGUGUGGUACACGCACUGUAUGUUUCGUUACUCGAACAGGACAAUCUAUGGAAGAAAAGAGACGGACCCAACUCUGUCUCUUCGGGCCGGUGUAGAGAUAUCAGCAAACAGAGAUGAGUUUGAGCGUCUGCAGAGAGAACUAUUGGACAGGCUCAAAGGGAUUGCGACGUCUGGUGGGCCGAACAGGAAAUACGCUCAAGGGAACGGUUCAGCUUCGGCACCGUACCGGAGGUUCUACGGAAGUGCUCAAUGUACGCCGGAUCUGUCUGAACAGGAUUGUGAUGACUGUCUGGUUUUUGGGUUUGAGAGUAUCCCAAGUUGUUGUGAGGCUGAGAUUGGUCUUAGGUGGUCUUGUCCUAGUUGUAACUUCCGGUUUGAGACGUGGCGAUUCUAUGAGUUUGACGCCGACCUAGAGCCUGAUCCACCUGCAAUUAAGCCUGCUGAUUCACCAACAUCGGCUGCAAAGCCAAAGACUGAGAAAGCAGGAAAAGGCAAAGGUGGAUCUAAAGUCGUUAUCGCGAUAGUUAUCCCCAUAGUUCUUGUUGCGUUAUUUGCAAUUUGUCUUUUCUUGGUCUUGAAGCGGAAGAAGAAGAAGAAGAACGGGGAUAAACUCAAAGUUCUUGGGAACUCGCCUUUAUCGGGAUCAGUCGCCGAGGAUGAGUUCUCGAACACAGAUUCUCUGUUUGUUGACUUCGAAAACCUUAAGGCCGCAACAAAUAACUUUUCUCCCGAAAAUGAACUUGGUCGUGGUGGCUUUGGUUCAGUUUAUAAGGGUGUGUUCUCUAAUGGGCAAGAAAUCGCUGUGAAGAGAUUGUCAGGUAAUUCUGGACAAGGAGACAUCGAAUUCAGGAACGAAAUUAUACUUCUUGCAAAGCUUCAACAUAGGAACUUGGUUAGGCUCUUAGGGUUCUGCAUAGAAGGACAAGAAAGACUCCUUGUCUAUGAGUUCAUCAAGAACGCUAGUCUUGACCAUUUCAUCUUUGAUCUUGAGAAGCGUCAGCUUUUGGAUUGGGGACUGCGAUAUAAAAUGAUCGGAGGAGUCGCUAGAGGACUUCUUUAUCUUCAUGAAGACUCUCGUUACCGGAUAAUCCACCGUGAUCUUAAAGCUAGCAACAUACUUUUGGACCAAGAAAUGAAUCCGAAAAUCGCAGAUUUUGGAUUAGCUAAACUCUAUGACUCUGGCCAAACCAUGACACAUCGAUUCACAAACAGGAUUGCAGGAACUUUCGGGUAUAUGGCUCCGGAAUACGCGAUGCACGGACAAUUCUCUGUGAAAACAGACGUUUUCAGCUUCGGUGUAUUAGUCAUUGAGAUCAUUACAGGUAAGAGAAACAACAAUGGUCGAUCUAUUGACGAUGAAGAUGCAGAAGAUCUUCGUAGUUGGGUAUGGAGAAGCUGGAGAGAAGAUACUAUACUAAGCGUGAUCGAUCCGAGUUUAACAACGGGGUCAAGAAACGAGAUGUUGAGAUGCAUACACAUUGGUCUCUUAUGUGUUCAAGAGAGUGCAGCGAGUAGACCAACAAUGGCUUCCGUUGCUCUCAUGCUCAGCAGCGACUCCUUUACUCUCCCGAUGCCUUCAAGACCUGCGUUUGUGUUAGAGAGUGUGAUACCUUCGAAUGUUUCUUCUUCCACGGAAGGGUUACAAAUGUCGAUGAACGAUGUCACUGUUUCUGAGUUAUCUCCUCGUUAAGAAGGAAGCUUCAUCUGUAAUAUAGUUUUUGAAUCUCCUCUUUUAAGCCUUUUAAUGGGUUUUGUUUGUGUGAAUUUUCAGACGGUCUGGCUUCAUCUUGUUGUAUAUUUUCGAUAUUCAUUUUGUUAUGUGUCCAAUAAUACCAAAGACUUUGUGAGACCAAGUCUUAUUAUUAAUCUCAUGAAGAAACCCAAAAUCCAAUACAAGAGAAACUAGAUUUGGUUCUUCUCUAAACGCAGACGAAGCCGAUCCAUCCUUAAAUCCCAAACCCCAUUCUUUAUAGCAAAAACGCUCUUCUUCAGUCGAUCUAUCACGCCCUGCGUGUAAGCUUCUGGUGACGCAAGCUCAGGUUUACCUCUCACAAGACAUUCGUGAGCAUAUUCCCAUUGCUCAGAUGAUUCAACCCUCCUAAACCUCAUGGCUUCAAGCCUGCUUGUGAAGUUUUUCAUCUCCAUGUUUACUGAGAAUCUCGGAAGAACAUCUCUGCAAAACUCUGUUUCAUUCCAAACGAUGAAACUCUCGCCGCUCUCGCUCCACGAAACUAUUGAAUCCGUCGAAGGAUCAUCCACCAUCUCAUAUACCUUGGCUGGGAAGUAAUGAUCCAUAAUAAACACCUUGAUGAUCGUGCCUCUGAAACCAAACCCUAAAAGAAAAGAGACUCCCGCUCUGUAUUAAGAUCGUUGAAUAGCGUAUUUAUUUAUAAUUUUUAACGAAACAUAAAAUGGGCUUUUGUGCAUGUAGCCCAUCUUUAUUUCCAUAGCCCGGAUCAUAUUCGAUAUUUUAUUGAUUAGCCCAUCUUUACGGACGACAGCAAUUUCGCCGGCAAUCUCAACCGCCUCGUCUCCUCUCUCUGCUCACUCACAUCACAUCCAGACCUUACGGCUUCUACAACCUCUCUUCUGAAGACUCAUCUGGAGAAAGAGCUUAUGCGAUUGAUCUGUGUAGAAGAGAAAUCAAAAGAGAUGAUUGUCUCAGCUGUAUCCACAACAAACCUCAUCGAGUGGUGUUCACCGGAGAAGCCAUUACGUGAUUACAGAAGAAGGAGAGAAAGAAAAAAAGCAUCAAGCUUCCAUGGAACAAGACCGAGUUUUCUUCUUCGUCUUGAUAGCUUUUGUUGUCCUAAUGUUUGUUCCAUUUCUGGCCAUCGCUCAGAAGGAUACCUAUGAGUUCACCCCAAGUUUCAAGUGUGUAGCUCGUGGAGGCAAUUACACGGUCAACAGCACUUUCUCCGGCAAUCUCAACCGCCUUGUCUCCUCCCUCUCCUCACUCACAUCCAAACCUUAUGGCUUCUACAACGUCUCUUCUGGAGACUCAUCUGGAGAAAGCGCUUACGCAAUUGGUCUUUGCAGAAGAGAAGUCAAGAGAGAUGAUUGUCUCAGCUGUAUUCAGACAGCUGCAAGAAACCUCACCGAGCGGUGUCCCCUGGCAAAACAAGCCGUCGUGUGGUACACGCACUGUAUGUUUCGUUACUCGAACAGGACAAUCUAUGGAAGAAAAGAGACAGACCCAACUCUGUCUUUUGUUUCCGGUACAACGGUAACAUCAGACAUAGAUGAGUUUGCGCGUCUGCAGUUAGAACUAUUGGACAGACUCAGAGGGAUUGCGGCGGCUGGUGGGCCCAAUAGGAAAUACGCUCAAGGGAACAGUUCGGGAACAUCGGGGUUUCAGAGAAUCUACGGAAGUGCGCAGUGUACACCGGAUUUGUCUGAACAGGAUUGUAAUGACUGUCUUGUUUUUGCGUUUGAGAAGAUCCCAAGUUGUUGUAAUGCUCAGACUGGUCUUAGGUGGUUUUAUCCUAGUUGUAACUUCCGGUUUGAGACUGGGCGAUUCUAUGAGCUUGAUGGCGAUCUAGAGCCUGAUCCACCUGUAAUUAAGCCUGCUGACUCACCAACACCAACUACAGGAACUGAGAGAACAGGAAAGGGCAAAGGAGGAUCUAAAGUCGUUAUUGCGAUAGUCAUUCCGAUAGUUCUUGUUGCGCUAUUUGCAAUUUGCCUAUGUUUGGUUUUGAAGUGCAAGAAGAAAAAGCAUAAAGAUAGUGUCAAAGGUAACAGAACAUUCUUUUUUCGUUAUAGUUGUCUUGUUGAAAUGUAG